AUCCCAAGGUGUUUACAUACGCAGCAUUUCAUUGCAAUCAAUGGCAUCAAAUUACAUUCCGACAAACAAACCGCUGUAUUCGGCAGUGUUAUCGCAACAAAAAUGAAGAAACUACUCGUGCUUGUAGUACUGUGCGUUCUGGUAAGCAAUUUAGCCAACGCAAAGAAGUUCAAAGAAGAGGAAAAACCAUCAUGGGCCAAGAAAGACAUCCGCGAUUUCAAUGACGCGGACAUGGAACGCCUGUUGGAGCAGUGGGAGGAAGAUGAUGAUCCACUGGAACCGGACGAGCUGCCGGAACAUUUGCGGCCACCACCAUCCAUCGAUAUGGCCAGCGUAGAUUCGACCAAUCCCGAAAGCAUUCUAAAGCUGUCGAAGAAAGGCCGCACGCUCAUGACGUUCGUAUCCGUGAACGGCAAUCCGACGCGCGAGGAAACGGAGGACAUUACCAAGCUGUGGCAGACGAGCCUGUGGAACAAUCACAUACAGGCCGAACGGUACCUGAUCGAUGACAAUCGUGCGAUUUUCAUGUUCAAGGAUGGUGCCCAAGCCUGGGAGGCAAAGGACUUCCUGGUGGAACAGGAACGAUGCCUGCACGUUUCGAUCGAAAACAAAGAGUACAAGGGCAAACACAACCGGGAUGAGCUGUGAAGCAAUAGAGUGAGUGUGUUCCCGUGUGUUGGGAGACCCGUUCUGAAUUAUUAAGCAAAACGUUGAGUUACAACGGUACGAAGUUACAAUUCUGAAUUCAUUUGGUGCGGAACAGAGACUGAAAACAGACGUUUCAUGAAUUAAAAAGUUUGUAA